CCGUCUGCUGCAGGAGGCUCUGGGGCUCUGCUGAGAAUCAUGCUCGGGAGGCAGCUCGUCUGUGGGCACCUGCUGGCUUUGCUUUUCCUCCCAUUUUGCCUGUGUCAAGAUGAAUACAUGGAGGUGAGCGGAAGAGCUAAUACAGUGGUGGCGAGAAUAGUGCAAAGCCACCAGCAGACUGGCCGUAGCGGCUCCAGGAGGGAGAAAGUGAGAGAGCGGAGCCAUCCUAAAACUGGGACUGUGGAUAAUUACACUUCUACAGACCUAAAACCCCUGAGACCAGAUGAGCUACCGCACCCCGAGGUAGAUGACCUAGCCCAGAUCACCCCGGUCUGGGGCCAGCCUCCACAAACUGGAGGACUGCCCCCAGACUGCAGCAAGUGUUGUCAUGGAGACUAUAGCUUCCGAGGCUACCAAGGGCCCCCCGGGCCUCCAGGCCCUCCCGGCAUUCCAGGAAACCAUGGGAACAAUGGCAAUAAUGGAGCCACUGGCCAUGAAGGGGCCAAAGGGGAGAAAGGAGACAAAGGUGACCUGGGGCCUCGAGGGGAGCGGGGGCAGCAUGGCCCCAAAGGAGAGAAGGGCUACCCGGGGAUUCCACCAGAACUGCAGAUUGCAUUCAUGGCUUCUCUGGCAACUCACUUCAGCAAUCAGAACAGUGGGAUUAUUUUCAGCAGUGUUGAGACCAACAUUGGAAACUUCUUUGAUGUCAUGACUGGUAGAUUUGGGGCCCCAGUUUCAGGUGUGUAUUUCUUCACCUUCAGCAUGAUGAAGCAUGAGGAUGUUGAGGAAGUGUAUGUGUACCUUAUGCACAAUGGCAAUACAGUCUUCAGCAUGUACAGCUAUGAAACAAAGGGGAAAUCAGAUACAUCCAGUAACCAUGCAGUGCUGAAGCUGGCCAAAGGAGAUGAGGUUUGGCUGAGAAUGGGCAAUGGUGCCCUCCACGGGGACCAUCAACGCUUCUCUACCUUUGCCGGCUUCCUGCUCUUUGAAACUAAGUAAAUAUAUGAAUAGUCUAGCUUAAUUGAGCAAGAUUUAUAGCUAAGCUGGUAUUGUAAUGAUCUUAGGAACAUUAAAGUUGAGGGUUCUGUAUGCCGUAUUUUUAAAAACUCUGUAUUGGUUACUUUGCUAACUAUGUUACAGGUACACCAAUAAUGUUGGAUAACUCAGGGGCUCAGAAGAAUAAACCACAAAAUAGUCUUCCCUGAUGACCUUGGCUAAUAUACUCAGCAUCUUUAUGACACUUCCUUAGGCACCUAGAAGAGAAUUCUCCUCCAAUGCAGGUUGGAAAUAAUUGUUUCAUCAGAGAAGUCAUUUGCAAGGAGUUUUGGCGACACUGUUUUUAAUUUAAUACCAGCUUUCAGGAACCCCUGAAGUUUUGAGUUCAUCAUUCUUUACAACAUUUCAGAGAAUAGGGUGCAAUGAUCAUGACGGGGCUGGGGCAAGAACAGGGGCACUUGCUAGUAUCUUUGUACCAGAAACAUUUGUAAAGCCUAGACUGGGAAGCAACAACACUUUGAUCCAGUGUGUUGAUAUUCAUGAAUAAGGUCUAGAUAUUUUUAAAGUCCAGAUAGCUUUCAGAUAGUGAAAGUAUUCACAAUGCCCACAGAUAUUUGGCUCCUUUUUUUCCUUAAUAAAGAUAAUUCUGUAAUUAAAUUGUGACUUCUAAUGGCUUCCAUUUUUAGAAGUAGAAGUUUUUCAUGCUCCAGAACCAGGUUUAUCAUAUCUGGCUUAUCAGAUUGACUCUUUGCCAUUGUGUUUCUUGGACUGCAAUAGAUCUUUUUGACUCUGGUCUGCACAAGCAGCUGAGGUGAGCUUAGGUCUAUAUAGGACAGAUGUUAACAUUUUCUCUCUCUUUUUUUUUUUUCUUUUGGUGGCUGGCCAGUAGGGGAUCCAAAUCCUUGACCUUGGUGUUAUAAUACUACUCUCUAACCUAGUUAAUGGGUCAGCCUACAUUUUUUCCUCUUAAUUUGGAAAUUACUCCAGUGUAUUUAUACUUUAUACACACUAUGUCAUGUUGAAGGUGCUGCAAACUUAAUUAUAUAUGGUUGAACUGACAGAUUCAAAACAUAAGGGUAUUCACUUAAGAGACAUAUGAGAAAAUGUCUUCACCUUUUAUUUGAUAAAAAAUGAUGUGAUUUCCUUGAUUACCAUAUCUAACCAAUAUUCACAGAGCAGCUUUUAUAUACCAGGUAUUGUAGGAGGUGCCACUUGGCUUUUGUCUAUGCCUCUCCACCCCAAAAUCUAUUCUCAAGGGAUUAAAUUUGCCACCAAAAUAAUAUUUAUAAAAAAUGUACCAUAGCUUAUGAAGAUAGUACCCAAAGGUAGCACUCCAAAUUGGUUUUUUUAGGCAAAGAAAACAUCAUCAAAAUAUGUGUUUACCCAGAUAUUGAAUCAUAUUUAAAAUGCAAUAGAGAGAUACCUAUCUGAAAAAUAUCAUAUAAUGAAUUCCUCUUGAAGUAAUGAGACUAUAAUUUAUUUUCUAUUACAAUUUGAAUUGCAACAUAGGCUUUUUAACUACAGGUUUACUUGUAUUGAUUACCCCUAGGGCUAGAGGCAGAGAAAAGUAAUUAGGACUGUCCUAUUAGCUACCUUAGUGUCCUGCAUGCUCAGUUCAGCCUUUGACCCUUUCCUUUUGACCUAAAAAUAUUUUUUAAAACACUUCCUGAGUCCACAUCUAACGCUAUUUUAAAGUGAGUGCAUAUUGCCUAUGACGUGCUUGACCAGUAAUGUUUUCAUGGUUUUUUUUGUCCAUGUUUCCUUGCCAGGGCUGUGGAGUUGUUGAGUUAAGGUUUACUAUUACCAAAUGUCAUAAAUAUUUCAUAGAAGUGCAUCACCUACAGAUAUUUAAAUGUUGCAUGUUGACCAAAGGGAUUUCAUAUCUGAAGAACAUAUACUACUAAUAAAUGCCUUAGAGGAAAAUCUUGGCCUGGCUCUAGAUAAAACUGCAGCAAAAAAAUGUAAUAAGCAAUAU